AUGUUUUUACAGGUCAAAAUUCCGGAAUCGGAUCAGAUUGCUCUCAAAUUUCUUUGGUGGUCUGAGGGUAACCCAGCUCAACUAGGUGAGGAGUACUGCAUGACGGUUCACCCUUUCGGAGCGGUCUCUUCGUCAUUUUGUGCGAGUUUUGCUUUGAGGAAAACAGCCAACUUAUACGGCCACGAUUACCCUUCCUCGAUAACCGAUGCAGUUCAAAGCGGUUUUUAUGUGGACGACUUGUUGUUGUCUGUCGAUGAUCAAAUCGAAGCACGCAGCACAAUCAGUAGCCUAACACAACUGUUAGGUCGUGCUGGGUUCAAACUGACCAAGUGGGCUAGUAACCAGCGAGAGGUUUUGACUCAGAUUCCUUCUGACGAAAGGAAUGUUUUGGUUAAGGAAUUGUCUGACGGUACGCUUCCUACGGAAAAGGCCCUCGGUCUGGCUUGGGACAUGGAGGGUGAUUCAUUCAUCUACCAGUUUGAAAUGAAGGAGUGUCCGGUCACGCGAAGACUGUUGUUGUCGCGUUUGUCAGCUAUCUAUGACCCACUCGGGUAG